AUGGAAACACAGAAAAAGAGUAAAGUUUUGUCAUGCGACACGGCCAACGCCCGGCGCCACCUCUCCGGGCAAGGUUGUGUGAAAUGUGCUACCGGCCUGGCCAGCGCGACUCACCAGGUGACGCCGCAAGGAAUUCACUAUUCUGGUGCAUCUACAGCUACGACACACAUAGCUAAACAAAUAUACUACAUCGGGACUUGGAACUUUCGCGGCCUCAUUCAAGACGGGAAACUAAGCAUUAUAGAAACAGAAAUACAAAGAAAGAUAAUUGACAUACUUGGUUUGAGUGAAACUCAUCGGAGAGGCUCUGGCUGGCUCGCACAUUAG